UCUCCACGGAGGAGUUGCAGUGAGGAUGGUGGGGAGAUAAAACAGGAUAAAUGCAAGGAGAGAGGAGGGCUAGUAACAAUAAUGGGGGCAAUGAAUAAAGGAUGGAAAUAACAAGAAGAAGCUAAAAAGAAGGAAAACGAAAAAGAGGGAGGGAGAGUGACAGCGUACGCCAGGCACCACCUCACACAAGCGCAGCGCAUGAGAUGAGACCUUCUUUCUCUCUCUUCUGCAAGCAGCAGCAGAGGGCUCUGAAGACGUACUAGCAUGUAUUUAGGCGCCACAAAGAUGUGACUGAACGACAGCCCGGCACUCGUCCUCUUUUCCGAAUGGGAAAAGGAAGAUAGAGAGACUGAAGUGGGGAGCAUUUCUGUGGCCGUAGCGGUGUUGAGGUGGGACGGGAUAUGUGGACUCGGGUUGGGAGUCUCGGGAGGUCUUCUGUUCGGCAAUGAGGUAAGGAGAAGAAGCAGCAGAAGGAGAAGAAGAAGAUAAUGGCGCGUUCCUACGGGAGGAUGGAGAAGGGAGUUGGUCUCAUGCUGGUGGUGUUUGCUUUUGCGACGCUUGGCUCAGUUCUUGCUGUUUCAAACGACAGUAAGACACUCUUAGUGAUCAAAAAAUCAUUUCGAGAUGCUGAUAAUGUGUUGUAUGACUGGACGGAUGCAUCAUCGGCUGACUUUUGCUCAUGGAGGGGUAUAACUUGUGAUAAUGCUACAUUCGAAGUUAUUGCCCUUAACCUUUCGAGCUUGAAUCUCUAUGGGGAAAUUUCACCAUCCAUCGGAGAGCUCAAAAGCCUUAGCUCAAUCGAUCUAAGGGGAAAUUAUCUCUCAGGACAAAUUCCAGAUGAAAUUGGGGAUUGUUCUUCACUGAAGCACUUGGAUUUAUCUUCCAAUCAGAUCUAUGGUGAUAUCCCAUACUCAGUUUCAAAACUGAAGCAAUUAGAGAACCUGAUCCUCAAAAACAAUCUACUGGCAGGACCUAUACCUUCAACGCUGUCACAGAUUCCUAAUCUGAAAAUAUUGGAUCUAGCACAAAAUAACUUAACUGGGGAAAUACCACGACUUAUUUAUUGGAAUGAAGUUUUGCAAUACUUGGGAUUGCGAGAGAACAGAUUAGUUGGGACUCUUUCAGCUGAUAUCUGCCAAUUGACGGGGUUGUGGUACUUUGACGUGAGAAACAAUAGCUUAACAGGAAGUAUCCCUCAGAACAUUGGAAAUUGCACCACCUUCCAAGUAUUGGACCUGUCAUACAACCAACUGGUUGGAGAGAUUCCAUUCAACAUAGGCUUUCUCCAAGUUGCCACUCUGUCACUUCAGGGCAACAGAUUGAGUGGGGAGAUUCCAUCAGUAAUUGGCUUGAUGCAGGCUCUUGCUGUUCUGGACUUGAGCUGCAAUCUUUUGACUGGCCCUAUUCCUCCAAUACUCGGAAACUUGACUUACACUGAGAAACUGUAUUUGCAUGGAAACAAGUUGACGGGUUCCAUUCCUCCUGAGUUAGGGAACAUGACAAAGCUUCACUAUCUCGAGUUACAUGAUAAUAAACUUUCUGGUCUUGUUCCACCUGAACUUGGAAAGCUCACUGACUUGUAUAACCUAAACCUGGCUAACAACAAUCUUGAAGGGCCCAUUCCGGGUAAUAUCAGUUUCUGUGUGAACCUGAAUAGCUUCAAUGUGCAUAACAACCGAUUGAAUGGAACCAUACCGGCUGCAUUUCAACGGCUUGAAACUAUGUCAUACUUGAAUUUAUCAUCAAACAAUCUUCAGGGUGUCAUUCCUGUCGAGCUAUCUCGGAUGGGUAAUCUGGACACGUUGGAUAUUUCUGAUAACAAGAUCACUGGCUCCAUUCCACCGUCCAUUGGAGAUUUGGAGCACCUCCUCAAAUUGAAGCUAAGCAGAAAUUUUCUGGAUGGUCAGAUUCCAGCUGAGUUUGGGAAUUUAAGAAGUAUCAUGGAUAUAGACCUGUCAACUAAUCAUCUGUCAGGUUCAAUUCCUCGAGAGUUAGGCCAGCUGCAGAAUCUGAUUUCUUUGAGGCUUGAAAACAAUAACCUGACCGGUGAUAUCUUUGCAUUAACUGGUUGCUUCAGUUUGACGUUCCUAAACGUAUCCAAUAAUAACCUUGUUGGUGAUAUUCCUACAAGCAACAACUUUUCAAGGUUUCCGCCUGCCAGCUUUUUAGGUAACCCUGGACUUUGUGGUUAUUGGACCGGUUCGUUAUGUCAUGCGUCUCAUUCUUCUAUAAGAGCUCCAAUAUCUAAAGCUGCAAUUCUGGGGAUCGCACUGGGUUCACUUGUUAUACUCCUAAUGAUCUUACUGGCUGCUUGUCGGCCUUACAAGCCACAGUCUUUUUCCGAGAACUCUGAAAGCAAACCAGUUGCAGUUUCUACCAACCCCAAAUUGGUCAUUCUUCACAUGAAUAUGGCGCUUCAUGUGUAUGAGGACAUCAUGAGGAUGACAGAGAAUUUGAGUGAGAAGUAUAUAAUAGGGUAUGGUGCAUCUAGCACAGUAUACAAAUGCGUGCUCAAAAACUGUAAGCCGGUGGCGAUCAAGAGGAUGUAUUCCCACUACCCUCAAAGCGUGAAGGAAUUUGAAACGGAGUUGGAAACGGUGGGCAGCAUCAAACACAGGAACCUUGUGAGCCUACAGGGUUAUUCUCUCUCACCCUAUGGCCACCUCCUAUUUUACGAUUACAUGGAGAACGGGAGCCUCUGGGAUCUUCUGCAUGGUUCUUCCAUGAAAAAGAAGAGGUUGGACUGGCUAACCCGGCUACAUAUUGCGCUUGGUUCUGCUCAAGGACUUUCUUAUCUCCACCAUGACUGCAACCCCAGGAUAGUUCACAGGGAUGUGAAGUCAUCCAAUAUUCUCUUGGACAAGGAUUUUGAAGCCCAUCUUACUGAUUUUGGCAUUGCCAAGAGCCUCUGCAUUUCCAAGACUCACACAUCUACUUAUGUCAUGGGCACGAUCGGAUAUAUUGACCCAGAGUAUGCACGGACAUCACGCCUUACCGAGAAAUCAGACGUCUACAGCUUCGGCAUUGUUUUGCUUGAGCUUCUCACUGGCAUGAAGGCUGUGGACAACGACUCCAAUCUGCAUCAAUUGAUUCUUUCAAAGGCUGCAAACAACACAGUCAUGGAAACGCUCGAUUCUGAAAUCUCCUCGACGUGCGACGACCUGAGCAUCGUGAAGAAGGUUUUCCAGCUCGCCCUGCUGUGCACCAAGAAGCAGUCCUCGGACAGGCCUACCAUGCACGAGGUGGCCCGAGUGCUGGGCUGCCUCGCCAAUGCGGCAACAUACACCAAGGAGCAACAGCAACAACAGCAGAGCCUAACAGGGCAUGUAGCACCGCAGUGGUCGACUCCAUCCACCACGGGCUACAAGAGCUACGUGGACGAGUACACCAACCUAAGCAAGGCUGACAUGCUGGCUUGUGCGACGAGCAUGAGCACCUCAGACGGCCAUCUCUUCCUCAAAUUUGGUGAAGUCAUCUCACAGAACAGCACGUGACGGACUUCACAAAGAACAUAUUCUCGUUUCAUUUCAUGGAUGCUGUUCACUGAGAAGUAUGGGAACGGAGCUUUGUUUUGGGUAGUGCAAUCAUGUAUAUGAAAGAGAAUCUAGUGAUAGAGAAAGCAAGGAGGUUGGUGAAAAGGUGGCUAAAGCUUUUUGAUGUGCUUCCCUUUGGUCAUGAUCUCUACUGUAAUUUGCUGAUGGGUCCAUGGAGGCCCAUGUGUAUUAUUAAAGAGAUGACGUGUUUUUGGUC